AUGGUUGCUUCGGUAUGGUUCUUCUUAUGGCUGGCCUCCCUCGGUGCCCUCCAAGUUUUCGCUCUCAGCAUACGCCUCCUCGCCAAUCUCGUGCUCUUCCUGCGCCGGCCCAAGGAUCUCCGUCGCACAUACGGAGCCUGGGCUGUCGUCACCGGGCCAACAUCAGGCAUCGGACGUGCCAUGUCCCUGGAGCUCGCACGGUCUGGCCUCAAUCUUGUCCUCGUCGGUCGUAACCCCGCCAGACUCCGCGACAUCUCCGAAACGAUCUCUAGGACAUACGCAAUGCAGACCAAGACCGUGUUGUUCGAUUUCUCCCUCGCAUCCACUGCGCAAGGCGACGAGGCGAUGAGUCGCCUCCGGGAGGCCAUCGCGGGACUGAAUGUAGGGAUGCUGGUGAACAACGCCGGGGUGGCGAAGCCGGGCGCGGUGUACCUCCACGAGGUGGACGUGGAAGCGUGGGUGAGGAUGAUACGCGUGAACGUACUGGCGCUAACGGAGGUGACAGCGGAGGUGCUGCCAGGGAUGGUGCGCCGGGGCAGGGGUGCAGUCGUGAACAUCGGCUCGGGCUCAGGAUCAGUCCUUCCCUCCCACCCUCUUUACUCUGUCUACGUCGCCACUAAACGGUACAUUGCAGAGUUCUCCAGGAGCCUCUCCGUGGAGUACCAGAGCGCAGGCAUCGAUGUGCAAUGUCAGAUCCCAUUCGUGGUGGAGACGAACAUGGUGUCGAGUGCCGUGAAGAACAGCUUCUUUGUUCGGCCGUGGGUGCUUAGCCCGGACACCUACGCACGAGCGGCAGUGCGCUGGAUCGGGCACGGGACGCUGUGCAUCCCCAACUUCGCGCACCGCCUCCAGUGGUGGUUCACCUGUCUCUUCCCGGACUCCUUCAAAGACAUGAACCUCCUGAAGCGGAAUUUGCAGCACAGAGCCAUCUUUAGGAGGAUCAAGCCGUUGAGGGAAACGCGGGCGAACUCACGGGAGUGA